ACAACUUCACAAAGGCAUUUAAAAUCCAUCCCUUUAACCUCUGAAGCAAAACCACAACACAUCGGAGGAGAUUCCAAUCCAACCAAAACGCUUCAAUCUUCUUCCGAUUUCUCUUCCUCUACGAAGAACCCUUUUGGAUUCAGACUUUUCUCGGUUUACCAGUUGGACUCAGAUAGCAGCUUAUAUUUGUACCCGAUAAUUUGCAGCAAAUAUGGAUGACUGGGAGGACGAGCAAAUUGCACCACUUCCAGCAAAAGUUGAGCUUAAAAGUAACUGGGAUGAUGAGGAUGUUGAUGUGAAUGAAAUUAAGGAGUCAUGGGAGGAUGAUGAUGAAGAACCUGCUCAGCCGCCUGUUGUAAAACCUGCUCCGGAGAAGGCUCCUAAGAAAGCAGCCCCCAAAACUGUUGAAAAGAAGGGUAAAGCAAUCGAAGUUCCUAAAGAAGAACCUCUAGAUCCUAUAGUGGAGAAACUUCGCCAGCAGAGGCUUGUUGAGGAAGCCGACUACCGGUCAACCGCUGAGCUCUUUGGAGUGAAGGAUGAAGAAAAAAACCUUGAUAUGUUUAUCCCUAAGUCUGAAAGCGAUUUUUUGGAAUAUGCUGAAAUGAUUUCUCAUAGGAUUAAACCAUAUGAGAAAAGUUAUCACUAUAUUGCGCUGCUCAAAACAAUCAUGAGACUUUCACUGACCAACAUGAAAGCAGCAGAUGUUAAGGAUGUUGCUUCGUCCAUUACAACGAUAGCAAAUGAAAAACUAAAGGCGGAGAAAGAAGCUGCUGCAGGCAAAAAGAAGGGUGGAAAGAAGAAACAACUUAUUGUAGAUAAACCCGAUGACGAUCUAGUGGCUGGUCCUUAUGAUGCCAUGGACGACUUCGACUUCAUGUAGAUUAAAGAGCUUUUUGAGCAAAUGCAAAUUGGAUUGCCCAGCGUCUAUUUUAUUAUUUAUCACUCAGAAGAAGCAAAUUUUCUUAAUUUUGGUUCGAAUAGAGCAAGAAGAAGCCAAAUUUCUUGUUGUGGGAAUAUAUAGUUGGAACAUUGAAAAAGCUUUUGUUUUGGUUCGGUCUAGAGAUUCUCUGGAGUCAUGUUUUUGGUUCUUUUUGGUGGUUGAAAAUUCUUUACUUAAAUUGUCCGUAUAAAUUUAUAAUUGACAUUGAUGUGAAGAGGAUGAUGAUAAAUCUUUUGGGGAUUCAAUUUCUU